UAUGGAAAUUUUUGUUGAGAUUUAAUCGAGUAUUGAGUUUGCAAGAUUGUUUCAAUAUCUUUCAAGAAUUUCUGUAUAAAUAUAUGAAGAAACUUUAAGACAAUUUCAGUUUGUUUGAAGUUGUGCUCAUUGUUUGUUCAAUAAAACUACUCAAAGAUCUCUUUGAAAAUGUUUCGCUUUCUUGUUAUUGCCUGCUGUUUGGCUGCCCCUGCCUUUGGCUAUUCCACAGGUGCCCCCAAAGAAAUUUGCACAAAUGGCUUGACACCCGAACAUCAUGUUGAACCCCAAUCCUCGGCUGUACCCUAUUUCUUCUCAGCUGACAGUGCAGUAAAGGCUGGCGAUAAGCUUACCGUCAAGUUGGGUGGUGAUGAAUUCUUGGGCUUUGCCAUUCAAGUCCAGGAUUCUAACAAGAAACCCAUUGGUUCCUUCAAGGUUGUCGAAUCAAAUAAAUCACAAACUCUCACCUGCUCCAAGGCUGAUGACACUUUGACCCAUGUCAAAAUCGACAAGAAAAACAUUCCCAACAGUCUGCAAUUCCAGUGGGUUGCUCCGGCCGAUUUUAAGGGCAAGGCUAAACUGGUUGGUACUGUGGCCAAAAAUGGUGCCACCUAUUGGAUUGGCAAAGUACUUAAGGAAAUUGAAGUCCAAUAAUUUAUUUUCUAUUUUUGAAUUUUUAACACAAAAGCAAAUUUAAUUCAAAAAAACAAGUAUUUUGUUAUAAAAAUUUAUGUGAUAAAUUUUAAGAUUUCUUUUUUAAUUUGAAAUACAUUUUUUUAAUUUUAAAAUAAACACUAAACCUAA